AAUGCUUUAUGGAGAGCUAUGGCAAGGCACUGUACAAGUCAACUCAGUCAAACGAACCAAUUGGUAGAUCCAUCUACUGUUAGCUGGUAAAACAAUCUUUUGCGCAUUGAAAAUUUAUAAGAAUUGCACACUUACAUUUCAAUGUUAUCAAUGCUGAUAGGCAAAAGGAAUCUGAUAUCACAUGUAAGAAAUGAACACCUUGAAUAAAUUCCAUUUCCAAAAAAAGGCGAAAGAUUUCAAUGCAACCUUAUCGUACUUACUUUAUCUUUUAUCAUUGCAUCUGAUAGGGUUAUAUGGUCCUAAAUACACCAAAUCAAUCAUUUUAAGCAAUAACAUUGACCAGCAACAGUCUGCAGAACAUUUUACGCAAUCUGCUAUUUUGGAAAGCAAGAAUAUGAGUCGUACUAUUGUUAGCGAGCAUGAAGAUGACACAAUAACAUAUCACAAAGCACAAACUUUUACAAUUGAACGACCAAUAACAACAACAACAACAAAAACAACAACUUCUCUCCAAAGUCUAAAGCCUGUUUUAAAGAAACACAGUAACGUCACUCAGAUGUUACCGACUUAUUCCGAGUCCAUCUUUUCCUAUUUCGACUCACCACAAGUACUUCUCACAUCGUCUGAAUAUAGUUGUUAUUCUAUAGCGCAUUCUCCUAUAUUACUUUCCGAUUAUAACAAUCAAACACGCAGUAGUAUCAGUAGUAUCAGUAGCAGUGAUAAUAGUAGUAUCACUAGCAUCAGCAGCAAUUCAGUAUCAACAACAAAUAAGCCAGGCGUUCAUUUCAAUCCGGAAAUUAUCGAGAUUGAAUAUCAACCAGAGCAUCCAGUAUCUCUUGAAAGAUCCUCACUUAUCUCUGCUCGUAUAUACCAAGAUAAAUACAACUGCUUGAGCGACGGCGAUGACUGUUAUGUUCAAGAAGAAGCAGAAGAAGAAGAUGAUGAUGAUGACGAUGAACUAUGGUCAUUGAUCGCUGAAGCAGGUGCAUCCAUUAAACUAUCCACCACUUACACUCGACUUGCUUUCCUUGUUCAAUAUUUAUUUAGUUAUCACCAUCACCGUCCUCAUAACAACAAGACUUCUAAAAAGUGUAGUAAAGUCCAGCAACAGCAACAUCAAGUGAAAAGCGUCGCUGCUGCUACUACCACCACGAACGUUUCUAUUGUUCCGUUAUUUAUUUCUAUGAUGAAGUCAGUUGUGUCAUUAACGACUACAUGGCUCUUAUACCAAUCUCUCUCUCCUCUGACUUGGCUGGCUAAAAAGUCAACUUCCCAUCCGCACCAUCACAACCACACCCAUCACCGCCGUCAUCCCCAUCGCCGUUCCACUGCUACUUCUUCAAUAACCACGCCUGCUACUCUUUGAUUUAUGCUGCUGGACAGGUUACAAAAGAGCAGUAGUCAUAGUUGCCAGAAUACCCUCCUCUUCUCACUACCCUUUCUCUUAGCUUAAGAAAAAAAAAAGGCUUUCUAUGGUUCCUUACGGUUGUAAGCCAACUCCUUCUGUAAUAUAUACCUGACAUAUUAUUUAUUCACCUUCCCUAUCCUAUACAAUCAUAAAUUUAUGUAAAAAUUCUCCUUUCUAUUUUAUUUAAUUCCUUGUCUGAAACCUGAAUAAAAAAAUAUCAUUUCUUAGCGGUCAGUACGCAGCCUCAAUAACGAUACUAUU